AUGCCGUCUGGGGCGGCUCCUCAGGCCCGGUCUGAGCCGGGCAGGAGCAGACAGGUCGGACUCCUUUGUCGAUACCCCUCUGACCUUGUACUUGCCCUCGAGGCCCACCAAUUGUCGUCCCCCUCUGGAGUUGCAACAAAGACGGCCGGUGGACACACCCCAACAUGA